UUUUUUUUAACACUAUUUGGUUAAUUAUUGAAUAUAUAUCAUAACCAGACUUUUUUUUUUUCCUUACUUUUUUAUUUUAGAUAAAAAUAAACUAGACUUGUUAUAAGUUUUGGCUUUAUUACGUAAAGAAGCUUUUGGAUUUAUUUCUUACCAACUCUGUUAGCCUUGAAUGUAGGAGAUGGAUUUACGUCUUUUUUGGGUUUUGAGUUUUCUUUCUUAAACAACCCUAACAGACUUGCACCCAAUAAAAAGUUAAAAGUCUUUUAAGUCUUUGCAAUACCGUAACACACUCCGCAAUUGCCGCAUCCAUCAAGUCCCCGAUCCCAUGACACGGGAAAAUCACCCAAAAAAAAUAAAAAUAAAAAAAAUAAAAAAAUUAGUAUCUUUUCUUGUUUAAAUAAAAUAAUAAUUCUAACUUUUCUUUAAUUUAUUAAUUUUUUUUAUUUUUUAUUUUUACAAAAGAUAUUGUGGUUAAGCAGUAUGUCUUACUUAAGCACCGUCUCUUAUUAUAUAGCUAAUAUUAAAUUAUUUCCUUAAAUUUUAGAUAUCAGUCCACUAAUUGGCAUUGGCAUAUCAAUAUUUUACUUACUUUUGGUGAUAAAAAAAUUCAGUUUAUUUUUAACCUUAUAGCACUAUCUUAUAUUAAAAAUUUAGUAAGCCAAAAACUGAUCAAUAUUCCAAUAAAUUAAAUAAAAGUGUUGCUGCCCAAAAGUUAUGGCAAAAAUGGGUGGUUUCCAUGUCUUGUGGGUUUUAUAACUCAUAUGGAAUUUGGGUUGGUGAUGGGUACACUAUGUCCACCAUUACUAAAAAGCAGAAACUAAUUUUUACUAGUUUCUUUUAAACCAAACCAUUUGGCUCUUAAAAGUGAUUAGAAAAAUAUAUAUGAAUAAUCAUUUGGAUGUUGCUGUCUUUUCUUUAAUUCACUUGAAGUUGGAUUACCGUGUGGUAGAUAUUUGGUGCGGUUUGUUUAUAUAACAGUAUCUUUACGGUUGGUUAUUUGUCUUCCUUAAUUUCUAAAGCAUUAUACAAAUAAAGCUUUAAGAAAUGCCAUUUCAACUCCUAUUGGCAAAUCUGGUGUUGGGAUUUGCUUACUGCUUUCAAAUCCAUUUUCAAUUUAAAGCAGAAAUGAAUCAUUAAUAUGUUUGUUGAAAUAUCUUCCUACUAUUUUAGAGCUAUUCAGUUUCAUAAAUAACCAACACGCUUCACUUGUUUUUAUUUUCUAUUGCUACCUACAAAAGUGCUUAUUUCUGAUUCUUUAGGCAUAUAAGUUUUUAGUGUUGUUACUUUUGGAUUUCCAAAUUCUCAAGCAAAACAAUGAAGAAGUCUCCGGUAUAUCCAAAAUGUGAGACAAAUGAUGAUUAUGAUCCUCAUGCGGAUUUCAAUCAGUUCUUGCAACAAGCAAAACACUAUGCAAGAGAAUCAAAUCUCCAUAACCCACCAGCCCAUCAAGAAGAAGAAGAAGAAGCUGGAAAGACUAGAAGACUGAACGAAGAGAAGAUGAAGAAGAAGAAGAAGAAGAAGAAACAAUGGAAGAAAAUCUUUUUACCAUGGUGGAAAAUGGGUGGGGAAAAGGGCAAGCCUCGCAUGGAAUUGUCAUCAGCAAACAAAUCUAAUGUUUGUGAUAUUGGAAGAAGCAGGGGUUAUGUAUCUGGUCCAAUAGUUGAUAGCAGUGGAAAUAAGGCUACCGAUGGGAGGCAUCGACGGCCAACAUCUGGGCCUCUUGCUAGUCUUUUCAACCCCACAAGGAAAGCAGAGAAAGAUAUACCCUAUAUGUGCCUUAACCAGCUUGCCAGCCCUCGUGGUGGUCAGUCUUAUGGCCCUGUUUAUACGGUGUAGAUUUUGGCAUGUCAAUAUCUCUAUCAUCGAAAUGUAAUGCAAUGUUGUUGUGUUGUUAGAGAGUAUUUUUCAAAUUUUUUGGGAUGUGAGUAUUUUAUUUUUAUUUUAAAAAAAAAAAGACUUUGUGAGAUAGAGAUUGGUUUUUUCUAUUUUUUAUUUUUGAAUUUUGAAUAUCUAUGUAUUGUGAUGGGAGGCAGUUGGAUUUGGAUGAUCUAGAGGAAAAAAUUGACCUCUGUUUGUCGUGUAUAUGGAGUUAUCCAAGUUAUAAGGAAACUUUCACAUUUGGACUCUUUAAAUAUAUGGAGUUAUCCA